GCUGUAAAGCCAUUCAGCCGGCAGUCUGUCGUCUGCUGAAUAACACGGACAACUAAAAACAGCAAAAAUUCAAAACAACCUCAUUAAUCUAGGUGUAUAAUUAUGUCGGAUAAACCAUCGGAAGCUGCACCUGUGGACAAAGAAGACAAUUGGGGUUACGACUUGUACCCCGAAAGAAGGGGUGAAGCUGCACGUGCGAAAUGGUGGCAGAUUGCUUUGUUUGGUGCUGGUCAAACCAAUGUAGAAAAAACUACAUGUGAAAGGAAUGUCUACAAUUGCUUUGAAAACAGUCCUCUUGUUAAGUUAAUGUACAGUGCAUUAAAAUCAUCUGGAUGUGAAAUUGAUUUGAGGAGACACAUUGCCUGUGAAGUUUGUGAUGUCUCGGUUUCUGGUGGCUAUGAUCCAAAACUUAAUCAAAUAGUAGUAUGCCAGAAUGUAGUUCGGAACAAGGGAAUAAUUCAAGGAAUUUUGACACACGAAAUGAUUCACAUGUUUGACGCAUGUCGACACCAACUUGAUUUUAAAAAUAUCCACCAUUUGGCGUGCACGGAAAUCAGAGCAGCUAACCUGACCCAUUGUAGUUUCAUGUCGGCCAUGUUUCAGGGAGACGCUUCGCCUUUCCGAAUCCGUAAACAACACGCCGAAUGCGUCAAAAUGAAAGCAUUGGGCUCAGUGAUGGCCGUCCGUCCAGACGUCACGAAAGAAGAAGCGCUAGCAGCCAUAGAUAAAGUCUUUAUCAAAUGUUAUAACGAUCUUGAGCCGAUUGGCCGUCGGAUUCGUCGCAAUUCGGCGGAUAUGAUUCGUGCCUACGAAGAAAAAGGCAAUUACGGAUACGAAUAGCCAUGUCAAAAUAGUCAGAAAUCAAUCAUCUUGAAUGUAUAUCACAUUGAAAUACAAUUAUUUUAGAGAAGUCA